AUUUAAAAAAAAAAGUUGUCCUUAUUAUUUAAACAAGCAUAGUCAGCAAUGUCUCAAGAUUUGAAGUUGUACAGAUUUAAACUUGACGCAAACACAUUUAAAGAAUUAGCAAAAUGUAGUAAAAUCAAUCUAUCACGAAAAGAUAAUGGUUUUAUUGUAAGCAUUUAUUCGACUUGAAAAUCUCCGGGCUAAUAUUUCUUUCAUAGACAUUCUCGACAUCCACUCUUCAAGUUGACGUUAAACCAAAUCAAGAACAUGGACAGACACCCGUUUACAUCAAAGUUCAACCAAACAAACUCGAAUGCUUAGGAAAAGCUACUUCUUCCUUGACCAAUGUCACAAAAGUACAAGAAAAACCGAAAAUCAAAAAAUCGAGUUCACCCAUAAAAGAAGGUCUCUUAUCUCCUGUAUCCAGGCACACGCUUGAUUCAUCCAAGCCUUCACCAGACAAUCGAUUACAAGAGGAAAGAAAACGGAUCAGACACAUGACGGAAGAAUUGGCUAAUGCAAAGAAAGCAAGACAGACAAAGUUGAUUGAUAUUGAAACGGCAGCAGCAAUUGAUCGAUCGAUAUCAAACGCUAAAAAGAGUAAAACAAUACCUAGCAAAAAAGGGAAAAAGGCAGAUCAUGGAUUCUAUACACCUCCACUCACAAAGCAACCUUCUGGUCCGUCCGUUGGCACAUAUACCCCACCUUUACAUAACUCCUCUGAAAGCACACCCAUAAUAAAAAAACCAAGCCCUCCCAACAGCCAUGAACUAGAUUCUCCAAAACGACAUAAAGAGAUUGAAUCUGUUGCUAGUGAUCAUGAUGCACCAUCACCCAUACGAUCUCAUAAAACUAAACGCGUCCCCCUGUCACCAGAGGAAACAAAAGGUCUGAAACGAAAAUCAAUGGAGUAUGAAGAAAUAGAUGAACCAUCAGACCUAAAGGCGUCACUUCACGAUCGCUUACGCUAUCAAUUGGCGCUAGGAGCAUUCACGGUUCAGUAUCUAUGUAAAGCCUGUAAAGCCUCGGUUCAGGAAGUGGAAUCUAUUGUGGCAAAGAUUGGUAUUCGUCUUACCAAUCCAAGAGACUCUUAUUGUUUACGACCUCAGCAGUAUGCCAAAUUGGAUAUUUGGGACUGGCCUCAUUAUACAAGUGAUGACAGAAAAACAGCAGUAAAGAAUGCAAUGGAAGCAUAUAAGCUUUUAAAGAUACCCAAAUCCGAUCCAAUUUAUGAUAAUCUUGCUCCUCGAAACAACAAGUCUUCAUCUACCUCAGUUCCUGUAUCAUCAUCUCAAAAGAUCAUUAAUAAUAAUAGCAGCACUAGUAGUAGCAGUCAUAGUAGUUCUUUAGCAAGAAAGCGAUCUAAACUAGAAGAACAGCGACGGAGAAUGCUUAAUCCUUCGAAACGAGGUAUACAGUCCUCAUCAUUCGUCUCGAGGAGCACAAAGAAUGGGAAACUUUCUGUACCAAAUGGUCAUCUUGAUUCGCCUAAUGGGAGACACAGCGCGCUAUCGGUGUCACCAUACCGAUCAGACGAUAACAAAAGACUCUCACCUCAUCUAUCAGCCACACGUCCAGCUACAUCGCCCACGGGUAUGGCUCAUGAAGACCGUCAGUACGGAUCUCCUGUGGGGAGAGUGCAUAAAGCAGCAUCUUCUUCAUCUGAACGCACGCCUAUGCCCGAUAAUAGCCAUGGUGCAACACCUGAUAUGGUUUCAAACGCAUCAACAACAGAAUCACCCUAUUACGAUAGUCCUGCAUACUCUCCUGCUAAAGAAAAAGAAGGUACGAUUACCCCUACACCUUCAGACGCAGCUGGAGACAGCGGACGUCAACUGUUUACCCCAGUCUCAUCACACACAGAUACAGCCCUGCCACCGGAUGCGACGAGUACAAUUACCAAAAUCCCCGAUCAAAAGCGAUUCACAGCGUAUUGCAAAAAGUUUAUUUCUGAACAGAGAGCAUUUAGAGAACUCAAUAAGCGCCUGAUAGAAAGCAAUCCUGAGUAUUUCAGCCUGCUGAAGCAAGCACGCGAUGAAGUAUUGGGACAAGGCAUGGACUUGGAUGACCCCAACUGCGCUGAUUACGUAGCCAAGGCAAAUGCUGCUUAUCUGCAGAAUGAGAAUGCUCGACAAGAAGACAUUGAUAAAGUGGAUACGCUUUUAAAUGAAAUCGAAGCUAAAAAGUCCCGACUGCUUUAUAUGUGGAUGACUAUAGAUGAAAAUAGGAAGCAAUCCAAUUUUACGAUUCCUAAUGAGUGUCUGUUGGAACAAAACAAGUUCUAUAGAAAAUCAUGAUCUUAUACCCUACUGUAUUUUCCGCGCAAGUGCAACUAUUCCUCUCCUUUUUUUUUAUCUACAACAUUCAUACAAACAUCAUUAUGUUACAAUAAAGUCUUCCGCCCCCAAAAAAGUCAAGAUAUCUGGUCAUCUUUUUCUCUGCAACAUUGGCG